AUGUUGGGUCCGCGAUUUCUCCGCCCAGCUUCAUCGCUGGUGCGGCCCUUCUCCUCCUCCGCCGUGUUCUCUCGUUCCCCCUCCAUCAGAGAUGUGACAUCUAGCUCCGCCGAGGAGUUCAACCGGAGACAGAAAGAGUUUCGCGAGAACCUCGAAGAGGCUCGCAAGAGAAAAGAGCAGCAAGAGAGUCAGUCUGUCAAUGUUUCUGCCUCGUCCCCUUCUACCCGUGAGUCUGCUCCCACUGCUCCGCAUGUGAGCAAUGCGAGUACUUUGGAUCGAAUUCGUCCGGCCUAUGAUGCCGCUGAAGCUCUAGACCAUAAGGCAUUGGGCUCACUCGCCAUGCACCGCUAUUUAGGAGAUGAACAAGCCCAGGAGAACGUGAACAAGCGUGGUCCGCUUUCCUCGCUUAUCUACGGUACUAAAGAAGGCCAGCACUUCGAUAAGGAUAUUGAGCGCUCGUUUUCGCAGGUGCUUGCCCGUGGCAAGUACGUACACUCCGUCGUUUUUCACGAUGUGAAGCCCGAUAAAGUCGAUGAAUAUGUCGACCUCGUGGGCCAGUGGUACCCCCGUAUGGCGGGUACGGAAGAGAACAAGGUCAAUCUAGUGGGCAGUUGGCGAACACAAGUUGGCGACAAUGAUACUUUUGUUCACAUCUGGGAAUACCAACGCUACGAAGGCUACCACACCUCUCUGCACAACAUCUCUAUUCAUCCUGAAUUCCGCGAGUUCGAUCGCAAGCUGAAGAGCUUGAUCAAGAGCAAGAAGACAUCCCUUAUGCAAGAGUUCUCAUUCUGGCCGACCACGCCUCCACGCCGUCUGGGUGGGCUUUUCGAACUUCGAUCAUACACCCUGCACCCUGGUAACCUACUUGAAUGGGAGACACACUGGCGUCGUGGCCUGUCUGCUCGCCGAGAGGUUAUGGAAGGCGUGGGCGCAUGGUUCGUUCAGAUUGGAGACUUGAACACUGUACACCACCUGUGGCAAUUUGCCAACCUGGAAGAGCGUAAGAUCCGCCGUGAGCAGUCAUGGGGCGUUGAAGGCUGGGCGGAGACCGUGCAUAAGACUGUUCCCCUCAUCCAGUCGAUGCAGAGUCGGAUUCUCGUCCCGAUGCCGUGGAGCCCUGUGGGUUAA